AUGUCGGACAGUCACGUCGACGCUCGGGGCGCGCCCGCUUCGCACCACCAAACACCGGCGAUCGGCGUCGGUGUCGGCCUCGCGACGGCCUCGACCUCCGAGAUCCCCGUACGAGCCGUCACCAAUUCGAGCGAGACCACAACAGCGGGACCCGAGAUCGAGAUGAGCUCGUCGUCGUUACCGUCCACAUCCGCUUUACAGGCGCUCCCUCCGUCCCCUCCACUUGCAAGCUCUGGCGCACCCCAGAAGGUCCGUCUAGUCUGGCUUUCGCUCUUCUCGGGCAUGACUUUGCUCCGAGGGAUCUGUAACAGCCAGCGCAGAAACUGACGCAAAUCUUAAAACUUGGAUCUUACGGAUAUUCAGCCAGCUGAUGGAACGCCUUCACAACUCCAUUCGACGACGGGUCCCCAGCAAUCCCAGCAACUUCGACCUCCUCGUCUCGAUCUUGCUGGUGCUCGAGCCGUGCCUGCGUCGAGGAGCUUGACUUCUCAAAUUCCGUUCGACCUUCCAUCUGCAUCCUCACCAGAUCUUUCGCCGACCUAUCUACGUUCCCACUACUCGAGCUCGACCCAUUUCCCCAUUUUGCCCGCAUCGCAGCCGGUGCCGAAUCAAGUCGUGCAAACUGCUGUCCAGGUCGCCUCGAUCCUUAGCUUGCCGGCACCCCUACUGCUCACGCUCGCCCGCACGAACUCGCCCACAGAACAGCGAAAAAUCGCGACCAGGAUGGAUGCCGCAUCGUACCUCUCUUCCAUGGCGUUGCCUCCGCCGUCUCCGAGCGCACUUGUGCCCGACCUCGAAGGGUCCGAGCUGUUCGGACCCAACGCCCCAAUUAGCGGAUCGGAGCCGACAAGCGGAGCGAAUGGGGUCGGGAACGAGGCCAAUGGACAUGGGUCGAGCACGAAGUCCAGUCCGAAUGCCGAGAUCCCAGGGAGGAGACCGUCGCUUCCCUUCACGUCCAUCGGCGAUCACCCGGCUCUACCCCUCCUGCUCGGUCAGGUCUUCUCGCCGCCGACUCCUGGCAUCGUCGCGCCUUCGACUCCGGCGAGCGAAGGCCCCUUGGGCUGGUUAUCGAAGAAGCCCAUAUUUUCAAGCAUUGAAGACUGGUCGUACCAAGCCGCACGAGAGCGCGUUGCCCAGGUCAAACGCGCAUCCACUACCCCUUCCUCCGCAUCCGGCUCCUCAUCCUCGACUGCUCAGCCGCGGAUGGUUCCCUUACCUUCGUUCAGUGAACGCGAAAUCUCGACUAUCGCGAAGCGGAUGGCCAGAUGGGCCCUGAAGGAGCAAGUCGAUCAGGUGGGACAACAGGUCGAGGCGAACAAGGAAAAGGCGGUCCUCUUGGCCGCGGAAGCUGCCGCCAGAUCCUCGAGUGCUAGUGGUGCGUGUCCGACAUCAAUCCCGACCUCGACAUCGGGCACGAAAGACACUACCAACAUCGAUCUUUCGGCCUACGCUGCAACAUACAAACGACAACUGGAUGCGCUCGCGAGUGGGUACUUUGCUCAAUUGCACAGAGAAGCCGUCAAGCGGCUCGCAAACGCUGCGCAAUCCCCCGUUGCCCAGUAUGCCACAUCUUCGGGACCGGAUCUUGCACAACAGGCGGCUUCGGCAUCGACAAGCUCGGCAAUUGCACCAACCGACUUCUCGCUGAACGGCUUGGCGCAGAUUACAGGUGGUACCGAGCAGGCUCAAGCGAUUCAUGUCCAGGCUGCCGCGGCCGCAGCGAUCGCGGCUAAUUCUUUGGCGGCGAAGGAGAUGGCUAGCGUUGCGGGCACUGCGCUCGAGAACCUCGGGGUGGAUGUUCCUCAACACAUUCAGGAUCGAUCACAUGUCGGAGGUCUGGAUCUCCUCGAGCUGAGACCCGAGACGAUCGCUGCUCCCCCCACCUCGACAACAAUCACAACGGCACCUUCCGAGCCCGGAGCUACUACCUCAGCAGCCGAAUCGACAGUAAGUCUUUCCUCAGCUGCAGCUCCAAUAAGUCAAGCCUCUGCUGCCGUCUCGACAAUACUCGAGCAAGUCAAUCUCGGAGGCGAGUUCACCCCCGAGAAGCGCGACUACUUUCUUUCCUACGCGCAUUCACUCUACGCUAAAGAUCCCUACUCGUCGGACUUGCUCCCACUACUGCAUACGCUCGAGGAAAUACACCCCGAUCAUUUGCCGACGCUCUUACUUUCGAGCUGCGUCUACUACACCCGGGGCGAAUACGAGAGCUCGCUGUACUACAACAAGAAGCUGCUUAUGAAGGACCCUGGCUAUGUGAGUCCCUUGUUCUGAUUCGGGGCUCACUUGAGCCUCUGCUGAUUGAACGCAUGUCCGGGGUUCUCAAGGUCGAAGCGAUGUCAAAUAUCGGCACGACACUGCGCGCAAUGGGCAGAUGGCAGGAAGCGGAGGCAUGGUGGUGGAAAGCGAUCAAGCUGCGGCCGACGUAUUGGGACGCGACAGAAAACCUGCUCGGGGUCUUGUGCAACCCCGUUUCCACGUCUCAACAAGGCCAGAAUGGUGGAUCAGAUGGGGCGCCUGCGCCAGCCACCGAACCGAGGUAUCAACAGGCGCUUGAGCUGUGCAACUUUGUCGAAGUGCAAAUCUUUGCCAGCGAAUCCGGCCUGUCAAUCGGGUUCGAGCCCAGCAGGGAUAAGAUCGCAACCUACGCCUCGCCUGAAGGAAAGCUCGAAAGACCACGUCGACUACCCCAGAGCAUCCCGAUGAACCAGGUCCACCGCUUGCAGAAUUUGCUGUACGCCAAGGGCAACCUCCGACUGGCCGUGCAGAAUGCGGCUGCAGCGCAGGAAGAGUACGAGAAGGCAAUCGAGUUGGCGCUCUCACUUCCAGCUUCGAUCCGCGCGAGCCAGACGACGAUCUACCCCGUCGGCGGAUGCUCGACUCGUGAUCUCGUUGUUGCAGCGUUCAUCAUGGCCAAGGUCCUCAAUACGCAUGCUCAAUUCAACGGAAACUCUUCAGACUCUCGACAAGCUGUCGGGGAUGUUCUGCACAAGUUGGGUGUGGCCGAUGAGCACGGCAGAAUGAAUUUUGCCCACCUCAUCGGGAUCGUCCAGCGAGGCGGCGAUCAUUACGUCGAAGGUCUUCUCCGACUCGGCGGCGGUGUCUUGCCCGCCAUUCUCGUCACUCCAGAGCAGACUUUCCGCAUGCUACCUUACAUUUUUGCUGAGUUUCAAGGGGUACUUCCUUCGAUGCGGGAAGCCGACGGAGUAGACGACCCCAGCAAGGCGACGACGAUCCAGCAGGUCAAGCAAACGACGAGCACAAUGAUCUUGACGCUCGCCAAGGUGUUCCAGGACUCGGCUGCUCAGUCGGGCCCAGCCAACAAACUGACGCUAGGGGGUGUCCCUUGCUCGCCAUCGUUGCUCUUACCGAUGUACUACCUCGCCCUCGCGCUGCACCCUUCUCCCUCGACUUGCAACAAUCUCGGGAUUCUGCUGUCGACGGUCAACGCAACGGCAAUAGUUGCCCCUGCCCAGUUGGGGCUCCCUCCAACUUCGCCCCGUUCGGUAUUGUCGGGUCAAGACUUUGCUUUACGAUACUACAACGCCGGACUCAAGCUUGAUACUAAGCACCCGCACCUGUACACCAAUCUCGGAUCGUUGCUGAAGGACAUGGGCAACCUUCCCGAAGCGAUCCGGCACUACAAGAAAGCGGUCGAGUGCAAUCCCAAAUUCGACGUGGCCUUGGCGAACCUCGCGAACGCGAUCAAGGAUUCGGGUCAGAUCCAAGAAUCCAUCCCUUACUACAAGCGCGCCGUCGAGCUGAACCCCAACUUCCCUGAGGCGAUCUGUGGGCUCGUCAAUGCGCUCGGCGGCGUCUGCGACUGGGCUGGCCGCGGUGGCGUCAACGAAGAAUGGAUUGUCGACAACGAGACGAGGUUCGCGCCUGCCCCGCCCGCUAAGGCAGGUGCAUUCGGCUCAAGUUCGGGGUACAUGGGUCAAAUUUCGGCGCUCGUUGGCUCACAGCUCGCCGAUGGGAUGGGCUACGGCGCUGGCUCUCUGCGCGCCGUCGGAGAUCUUGACCACUGGCUGCGGAUCAUCAGUCAGGCGAUCUAUGGGCUCACGCCUGAACAAGUCGGCGAGGCGAUGUCGACCUGGAAAUUCCGCCUCGAGUUUCUUCUCAACCCGAAGAAUCGCAAAGCCUACCCUCACAACGAAGGCGGGUAUCUCAUCCGACUUGUCGAACGUUUGAUGCGCCGCAUCCAACGACGAUGGUACAUUUCGACCUACGGCCCCAACAUCGCGGCCGCACCCACCGCUCUCCGCAUCAUGCCGACGCCCGAGGAUCUCGUCAGCUAUCGCCGACCGAUGCUGCCACCCGUCUUACCUCCCGUGGGUGUGCCAACAGUCCUUCCGUUCCACUGCUUUACCUUGCCCGUUAGCGCAAGAGAGAUCCGACUCAUCUCGCAUCGGACCGGCCUAAGCAUCUCGCGCGCGACCCUCAACCAACCCUGGAUGCCCGAUUUCGUGCUUCCCCCUCCGCGCCCGCCGAUUCAAGGUGUCCUCAACAUCGGCUACGUCUCCAGCGAUCUCGGCAACCAUCCUUUGUCACACCUCAUGCAGAGUGUCUUUGGUUUCCACGAUACGACCUGCUUCAACAUCUUCGUCUACGCGACCUCGGCGAGCGAUCGCUCGCCCUAUCGACUCAAGAUCGAGGCUGAAAGUCAGAACUUCUAUGACGUAUCCGCCCGCUCGACGCAAGAGAUCGUCGACCAGAUUGUCCGUGACGAGAUCCACGUCUUGAUCAAUUUAUCGGGGUAUACGAAAGGCGCGAGGAACGAGAUCUUUGCGGCGCGGCCGGCACCGGUGCAGAUGAGUUACAUGGGCUUUGCGGGAACGCUUGCGGCGGGGUGGUGCGAUUACUUCAUCGUUGGUGAGUUGCACUUCGAGUAAAGAAGUAUGUGUGGGUGAGCUGAUGCAGUAGUAUUCGUGUUGCAGAUCCCAUCGUUUGUCCGCCUGGCCUCGUCUCGGGUGACUAUUGGCGCGCGCGCGCCGGUCUCAAGGACGCUUCCCCGGAAGUACAGGGGGUCGAUACCCCGACCGACUUUGAGGGUGAUCCGGACCCCGAAGCGAUGACCGAGGACUAUGUCUACACGGAGAAACGUAAGUGUUAAUGAUACAUGUUGGCUUUCAGAGUCGCUGAUAAAAUCGCUUUCCCAUCCAUCGCAGUGCUGUACCUCCCGCACUCGUACUUCGUGACGGACCACAAGCAAGCUUGGCGCGAAGACGAAACCGCCGGUCUGACCGCUGGCGAGCCUCACUUCGUGCACUCGGGUAUGCCCAAUGAGCUAUACGCGAUCGAGGAGGCUAGACGAUGGCAAAUGCGUCGAGAGUUAUUCCCCGGCAUCCGAGACGACACCUUCAUCUUUGCCAAUUGGAACCAGCUGUACAAGGUGCGUUCACGAGAUCUGUUAUGAGCUCUCAGUACCUUGGAAACUGAUCCGUGGCAUGAUCUGCGCACCGCACAGAUCGACCCCUUCAUCUUUCGCAUCUGGCUCAACAUCCUCGCUAAAUUCCCCAACUCCAUCUUGUGGCUCUUGCGCUUUCCCGCGCCAGGCGAAGCGCAUCUUAAGAGUACGGCGCUCAAGUGGGCCGGACCCGAGGUUGCCGCUCGAAUCGUCUUUACCGAUGUGGCCAACAAGGUACGCAGCUCGAUCCUUGAAGUUUUUGUGUUGCAUACUCAUCGAUCACCUGUUUUUUCACAGAACGAACAUGUUCGACGUGGCCGCGUUGCCGACCUGUUCCUGGAUACGACAGAGGUGCGCGAGACCGAUUCGACCACUUCUUCGGAUUUUGCUGACUUUGGAGCCUACUUUUUUUCGGGUGAUGCGAUGCAGUGCAACGCGCAUACGACCGCGGCCGAUAUCUUAUGGUCCGGGACCCCUCUUCUCACCUACCCUCGUCACGCGCACAAGAUGGCCUCCCGAGUGGCCGCCUCGAUCGCCGUCGCGACCGGUCUCGGACCACGUAUGAUCGUCUCCUCGGCCGAGGAAUAUGAAGAACGUGCUCUCCAACUCGCCUCGACUCUGACCUACGACCACAUCCUCCCUGACCCUGCGGCCCCCGCUCAAUCGAUUUACUCGAGGCAACAACGAAUCGGCCGAGGUGAAUUGGCGGACAUGAGGAAGACGUUGUAUCUUACGCGCGAGACGAGUCCAUUGUUCGAUACGAGGCGGUGGGUGAGGAAUAUGGAAGCGGGUGUGUUCGAGGCGUGGAAGCGGUGGGUCAAUGGGACCGAGUUCGAAGAUGCCGGGGAGGUGAGUCGUUCAAUGCAUACGUUCACGUGUUGUGGGCUUCGGAGCUGACGGAGAUGAUUUCUUCCGAACGCGUGACAGUGGGGCACUGGGGUUGAACGCGAGUCGGGCAGCAUCUGGGUGGUGGAUGCCUUCGACGGGACGAACCUCCCCAGUCGAGCACCUUACUCCAAAUGA